CCACCACUCAUCACCGUUUCAAACGUGAUUUGGACGCGCUACUGAACGCUCGACAUACGCGGAUGUACCGGAUUUAAGAGUGUUGUAUGCAAACAUAAAUUGAAAAGUAGUGUUGACGCUUUUAGAGAGCAAGUGCUAUGUAAUAGAAAGCCAAAAGGACUUUAAAUCAAGUGUUACUUUGUGAAAAUGCUAAUAAAGAUACAAAUUUACAAAUAAUAGUGAACAUCGCCUUCGAUAAAAGAAAAUGUUUUUAAGACAAAUAAAGUUUUGGACAAUAAACGACUCAUAAAUACACAAAAAAAAAACAAAAAAAAUAUAUAUACAAAACUUUUUUCGGUAUAAAAUACUCGCGGUUCACCAGAAAAUGGCGAAAUUUACGGUUAUUUUUCAAUAUCUGUUAGCUGUGACUGCUUUACUCUGCAGCUUCGCGCAAUGCGCCAACGAAGCGACAGAGAAGCAGCCGGCCACACACGCGCCUCCAAGCGCUGGCACCGACGCUGCGCAAAUCGCUACGAAUAGCACACGCUAUGCGCGACUAAUAAAAAUUUUGCAGGACCCGAAGGCUUUAGCCGCCAAACGUUACCGUGCCGCUGCACAACGCGUCAUGGCGCGCGCUGAUAAUUUACAAGCCGGAGGCAUGCCCAAUCGUCGGCCGCUAGCGGGCGUUCCGCCUCAACAAAAAUCGCGUCCGCCGAUUAUGCGCCGCGUACAGAACAUUCCGCCUGUUAAUGGCGCGCCGACGCGUUUCACCUUUGAAAAGCCUAAGGGGGUUAUAAACCAUUUACCCUCCAAAGGUCCGGUCCCAUUCAAUGCUGGCAAAGUGUCCGUAUACAGACCGCCUUACCCGUUCGCCGCACAUUCUCAACCACAAACACAUCCAAAUGCUUUACUGUCGCAGUCGACUGCGCCUGCUCAAACGGUAAAACAUCAACAACAGCUGCAACAAUACGAAGAAUUUAAUUUCAAGGCAUCGCCACCAUACAAUGGCAAAGCAAUUGUGCGCCCCUUACUCGAACCACACGAUCCAAAUUAUAGGCAGCACCUGCAACAGCUACAAAAAUACGCUGGCAAGCCACACCACAUGAUACAACAACAUCCCAUACCACAACAACAACAGCUGCAGAAACCACACAUACAGCAGCCCUAUCCAGGAUAUCCAAGUUUUCAGCAGAGCAAGCAGCAAUCGCCCAACCGACCACCAACUUUUCAUUAUGAAAUGAUUCGACCGCACGAAGAGCCUGUACUGCAUCCACACGUGAAACAUGAGCAUCCGGUGCCUAAUAGCGCUGGUUAUGCCGUCUAUGAGAAUAAUGAGCUGGCUGAGGAAGAGGUGCCGUACUCGCAUCCCUAUGCACACUAUCCUCCCACAGUACGAACCGAAGAGGCUGCGCAGCAUUAUACAAGCAUGCGACAGCAGCCACAACACACCGAUACAGAGACCGCAGCGGCGCAUGAAGCUGAAGAAUAUAUAAAAUUCAUGAACUCAAAUGACUAUUUUCUACCCAAGCAUGAACCCAACUAUAAACAGUUUGACACACAAAGCGAUAAACUCCACGUGCGGCACCAAGAGUAUCUGCAACGCGAGCAACCAGCCGCACCAGAGCCAGCCCAACGUAGUCAUGCUCACUAUCUGCCAUCACAGCAGCAUACACAACACAUUCAAUACAUCCAGCCAACAACUACCAAUGACAAUGUAGCCUCUGGCUCCGGCUCUUCCGCUGCUAACAAUUACCUUAACAAACCGAUACAAGUAUCUCAGCUAUUUUAUCAAGAAGAUCCCGUCCCCGCCAUUGUACGUGGCAGCUAUCAGACCGGCAGUAACUUAUUUGUGGUAAAUUCAGACGGUAAUAAGGCCGUUAAGCAUGUAAUACCGGCGCCCACCACAAUCGCACCCACUACAUUGGCGCCAGCGUAUUCCAAGGUGCGCUAUAACGCGCUACAUAGCCGCACACCUGAACCGCUGCGCUUUGAGUUUACUGAACGCGACGCUGUACACGCGGCGUACACGAACUCGCCACCGCAAGCUUACGUAAAUGACAAUGAGCAUUUACGUUAUAGAGCCGCUGCCGCGUCGUUAUCCACCACCACUACGCAAAACUUGCCUAUAUCAAGUUUCCACAAUUACGACAGCGACACUUCGCCCAGUGCGGAUGAUCCAGAGGACGAUGAGGAUGUACAAAGCGCCAGUUCGGACUUCUAUGGACGCGUACCAGUACGUCAAUCAACCCCUGGCGAUGCACCUUCGAUAUCAACCUCACCAGCACCGGUUGAACAGAAGGACACCGAAGAGUAUUGCGAGCGCAUGUGCGCCAAUGUGCAUGACGAGGACGAGGAGAUCGUCUGCGGCUCGGAUGGUUACAUGUACACAAGCGAGUCCCAAAUGGAAUGCUAUGCCUCAUGCCUCCACAUUGAUGUAACGGUGCAAAGCAAAGGUUCCUGUAACACGCGGUAGAUCGAAUCGAUUUGGAGCAAGUGGGUGUCGAAACAUCGCUCGCAAGCCACACUAACUGACAAUUAGCGAAUUUCUAUUUUAUUUAAUUAUUUUUCUAUUUAACCUUAAUUUAUUUUACUUUAGUUUUUUUAAUAUCUAAUUAG